CUGUGCAGAGAAAACUUAACAUCUUUCAAUAUCCUUAUUCGUUUUUUGCCACAUUUUAAAAAGUAAAUAAAAGCAAAAUUAUUAUUUUCCUUUUUGUGCCAAAAAUAUAUUGUUUUGUGAUAAAUAAAAUGUAAAUAAAUUAGAGCUGCUUAGCUGCUCAACUUUUAAAGAUAAAAAAACAAUAUAGCUAAGUGAGAAAUGAUGUCGGAGAAGGUCUCUGAAGAUAUCGGUAAUUGCGUACGUCAAAACAUUCCAUGGGCAUCCGUACCGAUUCAUUUGAAGCAAGUUCUCCAUAACAAUCAGCUCGACUAUGAAAAGUAUGUUUUCAAUUAUAGUCUAAAGAAUCAGUUACGUUUUCGUGGUAAUCUCGUAUCAAAAGUUUUCCGACAUGAGCAACGUUACUACGAAUUGCUGGUGCAAAAGAGCAUCAAUGGACUGUUACUUUUUCCAUAUCAUUUAGCUGACAUUAUAACGAAAGGACUGCGCGUUACGCCAUUUAACUAUUAUCUUGAUUUAGUGAGUCAAUUGCUACGAAAUGAUAAGUCAUAUGAUACGCUACCAAAUUUCACAGCUGCAGAUUGCCUGCGUAUUUUGGGCAUUGGACGCAAUGAGUAUUUAUCACUGAUAAGCGAUUUGAAAACACAUACAACACGUGCACUUCUCUUUAGUACCAAGCCGAAUCCAUUGGAUUUUUUGCCCCGAUUUCCCGUACGUGUAUGCAUUGAACCAUGGUGGCGCAUCGAAGUAGGCUAUGUAUUGGAAGCGGACAUACGAUUUGUAACUACAGCAGAACGUAGUCUUAUUGAUGAUCUCAUCGAUUUUGGCUCACAAACCGCAGGAAAAUGCGACUACGCCGUUGUGCACAGUUUAUAUCGAAAAGGUCUCAUCUAUUUAGAUAUACCCAUAUCAGGAGAGGAUCGCAUCAGUAUACCACCGCUACGUAAUUUUGUAAUGAAUCGUACUAGUGGCGAUCACUUUGAGAACUUACUCUAUAAAAUUUUCGUUAGCGCGGAUGAAUAUAUGACUAUUUCGGAAUUGGCACAAAUGUUGCAAGUCGAUUUGGAUUCAGUCAAGCAAGCCGUGUCCCUACUCUGCCGUUUAGGUUUCUCACGUCGCAAAGAACCAGUCGGUGAUAGUCCCAGUAUUGAUGUAAAGUAUCAUGCCAGUUGGGAACAAUACCAAUUGGAACAAUCCACAUCACGUGAACCACCACAAAUAACUCCACUCAAUUAUAACAACUUCAUUACAUCGGAGGCAACGGCAGAACGCGCUGAAGCUGCACAAUAUAGCCCAGUUUUAGUAAAGCCACAAGAUAAGGACAACAGCUCCAUUGGUUAUCUUUCAUCGGAUGGAAAUACGAGUGAUUUCAGUUUUGCUAAUAUGCCCUCACCAUCCCCACAAGCAAUGCAAACUGAUAGUGACGUACACAACCAUUCCGAGGAGCAAGAACUCAGCUCUGAAUUGGAUGAUUUAAGUGAGAGUACCACAAAAUUAAGUAUCAAAGAGUUGCCAACAACACCUAAAGGUGAAGGCAAUUUACCGAGUGUGUCAGAGAAAACAGGUAAACGUGUUGGAUUUCUCUUCGAUUCCACACUAACGGCAUUUUUAAUGAUGGGCAAUCUAUCGCCGGGUUUAAAAAAUCAUGCCGUCACUAUGUUUGAGGUGGGCAAACUAUGUGAGGAAAGUAUCGACUCAUUUUUAGCAGAGCUAGAAAAAGUUUCGCUCUUAGAUGCCGAAGGUGAAGGUGAUGUUUCUAGGUAUUUUGCGCAUGCAGUAAUUUUGAGAUCGACCAUAUGCUCGUUGCGACAUUUAGUGCCAGGUGGUCUAGAUUUAUUACGUCUUGAAUGUUUGGAGUGCUUGGAUCAGAAAACACGCGAUCGUGUACUCGAAAAGAAAUAUAAAUUUGUCAUAUCUGCCACUCCGUUAACUGCUACACUCUCACAUAUCUUCAGCAUUCCAUUUUUUGGGCAAUACUACAGAGGUUCUGAUAGCUCUCAUAUGUGGACAAAGCUAUUUUAUAAUCAUAUAACAGGCUAUGGUCCUCCAAGUCUUUUCCUAUCUCGAGGCACUGUACUUAAAACACUUCCACGUAUAUUUCUUGGUUACGGAAAGUUGCUUGUAAAUAUACUACAUUCCGACUCAUAUGUUUUGAACUCUGAGAAUUUUCGCAAUCUAAACGAUCAGUUGAAAAAUGGCUGCAUUCUCGUGCAGGGUUAUGGCAUACGACAACCUGGUGAAUUGCGCUAUGAAGCCUUCCCCUUCAAUGCAGAAGAUCCACGCCAAUUAGAAUGGAUCAAUCAUAAAGCUGUACAACAACUAACGAAAUAUUUAGAUCUAGAACACAAUUGUGGAUUUAUUACAUUUCUUAAUACGGGCGUACCAGAUAUUGGAUGCGAGUCAUUUGAUUUGCACGUACAUCUUAAACACCCCAAAAGCAAAACUAAGUCAGUGAAUGUGCCAAAGAGUAUUGCAACAGCUCCAACAGUGUCAAAUGCCCUUGCUAGUACAACUGCACCAAUAACCGUAUCAACAGUAACACAGCCACAGGAUCUACUAUCACCAGCAGAUGGCUCUGAAGUGACCAGUUUUGCGCGUCUGAAUGCUUCACCGCUCAGCGGCAGCCAACUUAAGAGUCCAGAUGAGAAUUAUUUUGCGAUUAGUCCACAAAAUGGUUCACCAUCCAAUGUCUACACUUCAGUCGACUGCAACGAAUUAUUGGCAUCAGAGUUAGCCAAAUGUGAUGCCGAUUCAGCGGCAACGCAUACCAAAAACGAAUUGGUAUCUCAGAGUUCGGUGGAAAUACCUAUCAUCGAUACGGCAUUAAACAGCAAUAAAGGAGCGCUCUUGGAAAGUAUUGAUAAUUUAAGCGAAGAGACAACCUCAGAGGCAUGGACUAUAUUGGAUGUGAAUUUUGGUGUGCCACUCUUCGAUGUCGAUUGCAAUACACGUAUCUGUGAGCAAAUUGUACGCAAACUGCAUCUAGAUGAUAAUCUGCAGGUGCUGCCGGGUAGAGCGGAGCAAAUGAAUGAGACCUUCUUGAAAUUCGUUAAGCAGUGUAUGUAUUUUGAGGAGGAGCCGAACAUCGAGCAAUUAAAGAUUGGAAAAGUCUUGCCAUAUCCACGCAAAAAUUUGGCUUUCGAAAAUGGGCGAGUUUGCUACUGGGGUGGCAGAUAAGCGCUUGAAACUACAAAAUAUAUAAUAUGUAUGUAGGCUGGGUUAUGCAAAUGGAAAAUUUGAAGAAAAGAAUAAUGAGAAGGCAAUAUCAAAUAAGUUUGCUGUAUUAUAUACAUAUAUU